ACCAAAGACCAAAUUAGCGCGCGAGAAGCGGAGGGAGGGAGGGGGAGAGAGAGAGAGAAAGAGAGAGAUGUCAACUCUGAUCGACGUCGCGGAAGGAGCAGCAGACUCCGAGCACCAACAGCGAACGCCUCUUCUCCACCAUCCCUCCUCGCCUUCCCCUCCGCAGCGAGAGCCUCGCGAUGAAGCCGAGCCGGAGAUCACGCCAUCGACGUCGCCCGGCGACGGGCGUGACACUCGAUCCGUGUCUUCCGAUCAGCGGCUCGCUUCUCUCGACGUCUUCCGCGGCCUCACCGUCGCCUUGAUGAUAUUAGUUGAUGAUGCUGGAGGGGCUUUCCCAGCUAUCAAUCACUCACCUUGGUUUGGUGUAACACUUGCAGAUUUCGUGAUGCCAUUCUUCCUCUUUGGAGUGGGCGUCUCCGUUGGUCUAGUUUUUAAGAAAAUAUCUAGCAAAUCACUGGCCACAAGGAAAGUCGUAACAAGAACUGUUAAGCUCUUUCUUUUGGGUUUGUUACUGCAAGGCGGCUACUUCCAUGGGCGCAAUCAGUUGACAUAUGGAGUUGAUGUGGGCAAGAUUCGUUGGCUAGGGGUGUUACAGAGGAUAUCAAUUGGAUACUUCUUGGCUUCGAUCUCAGAGAUUUGGCUUGUUAGAAACAUCUCCGUCGACUCGACACUGGCCUUUGUGAGGAAAUACUAUAUUCAGUGGAUAAUGGCUAUUUUGUUAUGUGCACUUUACUUGUGCAUGGUUUAUGGGCUUUACGUUCCAGAUUGGGAGUAUCAAGCCGUCAGAAUGAGCUUCUCUAGCAAUCAAUCCCUGCAAAAUGUUUACUGCAAAACUAGGGGCAGUCUCGAACCUCCAUGCAAUUCUGUGGGUUUUGUCGAUCGAUAUCUUCUUGGAGAGAGUCAUCUUUACCAGCAUCCUGUCUACAGAAGAUCGAAGGAAUGUAGUGUCAAUUCUCCCGACUAUGGGCCCCUACCACCAAAUUCACCUGGUUGGUGCCUUGCUCCAUUUGACCCAGAGGGUGUUUUAAGCUCUUUGAUGGCUGCUGUUACAUGUUUCGUGGGUUUGCAGUAUGGACACAUUCUUGUUCAUGUCAAGAGCCGUGGGCAGAGGAUACUUUUCUGGUCCAUGUUUUCCUUACCGCUACUGAUGUCAGGAUAUGUUUUGGAGCUCCUAGGUAUUCCUCUUUGUAAACCGCUAUAUACAGUUAGCUAUAUGUGCAUCACAGCUGGAGUAUCUGGCUUGCUGUUAACAUUGGUGUUUUACCUGGUUGAUGUGAAGCACUGGAGAAUGCCGACGGUCUUUCUUCAGUGGAUGGGAAUGAAUGCUCUCAUCAUUUAUGCUUUGGGAGCUUGUGAGCUUUUCCCUGCAGCCAUGCAAGGUUUCUAUUGGCGCUCCCCUGAAAACAACUUGGUUGAUUCCACUGAGAGAUUACUGCAGGCUGCAUUUCAUUCAAAGAAGUGGGGUACUUUGGUGUUUGUAAUGCUUGAGAUGCUGUUUUGGGGUUGUGUUGCUGGUUUCCUCCAUAUGAAACGCUUAUAUGUCAGACUGUAGUGUAAACAAUGCUCGAGUAUAACUUUGUCAUUGAGGAAGGUUUUGUUGUGCA